AUGAGAAAAUUGAUUAGCUUAAAACAUCUUUAUAUUGAAGGAUGUAUUUCUCUCAAGUACUCACCAAAAGGGAUUGGGAGGUUAACAAGUUUGCAGACACUGGAUAAGUUUGUUGCGUGUUGCGGUGACAAGGAAGAAGCAUUACAAUUUGAAGAUCUGAGAACCUUGAACCUUCAGGGUAGUCUCGUCGUACAGGUUUCUGGGGAUGUAAAAGAUGUGAAUGAGGUUGAGAAAGCUCAAUUGUGGGAUCAAAAGAAACUUUUUCAUCUCGGAAUAGAUUGUAGAGAUAUGCACUACAGGCAGACAAAAAGCAGUGUAGAAAUAUUGAAUGUCUUACGACCGCACAAAGAUUUGGAAGCUCUGGACAUUGUUGGGCAUACUGGGACCGCCUGGCCAAUUUGGAUGGCAUCGUUAAACCACUUGAGAAUCGUUACCAUUGUAGGGUGGGAAGAGUGUGAAUUUUUGCCUCCUCUUGGGAAACUUCCGUCCCUUGAAAUACUGACCAUAGCUAGGAAGCAGAGAGUGAGAAAGGUUGGUGGUGAAUUUUUGGGAAUAGAAGAUCAAACAUCAUUCAAAUCAUCGCCAUCAUUAUUCCCAAAACUGAAAGAACUCCGCCUUCGCAGAAUGGAUAACUGGGAAGAGUGGGAAGGCGUGGAAGGGUGGAAGAAAGAAGAAUCUGAAAUUACAAUCAUGCCAUGCCUUUCUUACUUAGAAAUUUAUUUCUGCCCUGAUUUAAAGACACUGCCAGACUUCCUUUGCAAAGUACCACUACAAAAUCUUAUCGUCAACAGAUGCUCGAGAAUCCUUGAAAAGCGUUGCGAACAAGGCAGUGGAGAGGAAUGGCCCAAGAUUUCUCAUAUCUCAAACAUCCAUUUUCUAUCCGAAGUGAGGACUCCAAAUCUAAUGCAUCCUGAAAAUAGAAAUUGGCGGACAGUGGAUUAUAUUUCAUAG